UCAGCUCAGUGCUCUGCAGCCUGCACACAGGUCCUCUCUGCGGCUCUUUUUUUCUCCUCCAUUUCUUUCCCCUUAACGGUUUCUCGCCUGUUGGUCACCACUGUGCGCUUUUUCAUGGGGGGUUCGGACACCGGGAGGAUGCGCUUUUUGGAGGAACAGACGCUCAAAGUUGUGCGUUCGGACGCCCCGGGCUCGUUUUAGAGGAUUCAUAGAUGCGUGUCUGGUUGGAAUAAACAAUGGUGCGGCUCCUUGGUGCUCUGGCCGGGGGCAUGCUCUGGUUUCGGCUACUGUUGCUGUGCGCGGUGGAGUUGGAGCUGGGAGCCGGGGUCUCCACUUUCCAGGGUUUCUAUCUUCCACCUGCGAACGGGUCGCUGCUCACACCUGCCCGGAGGACGGAUGGAGUCGUGCGGACCGUUGACCGGAUUUACCACGGAGGAGGGAAGGUGGGCUACCUGCUGUACCUGGACGGGAGCCGCUUUCAGUUGGACAUGGAGCGGGACGAGUCGGUGCUGUCGCAUCACUUCAGCCCCCAGUAUGUGCUCGCCAUGAUGGGGGAGAGCCAUGCGCCCUUGCAGCGGGAGUGCGCGUACCGCGGCACAGUGGACUCCAACGCGGAGUCCCUGGCCGUCUUUAACCUCUGCGGCGGGGGUCUGGAGGGCUUCUUCGCCGUGAACCACGCGCGCUACACCAUCACGCCUAUAGUCAGGGCGAAGGGACACGAGCAUGACGUGCGCGCCCUGCAGGACAAGGACGCGGAGAGCGCGCUCCACGUGUUCACGCGCGAGAGCUUCAGCUUCGAGGCCAUGCGCGAGGGGCGCGAGAGCUGCGGGACGCGCGACGGGCGCAGAGGACGCAGGGACGCGGCGGGGAGACGCCGGCACCGAGGGCGCGGGGAGGGGAGACGGGACAGACAGGCGCUCACUGAUGACCAUGACGCGCACGGACGGACACUGUGGAGCCGGCUCGCCAAGGCGCCAGUACCGGAGCCUGGCACGCGGAGGAGAAGGUCGGUCUCCCGCGCCAGGCACGUGGAGCUGCUUCUGGUGGCCGACGACACCAUGCUGAAGAAAUACGGAAAGGACCUGAACCACUACCUGCUCACACUGGCCUCCAUCGCCUCCAAGCUGUACGGGCACGCCAGCAUCGAGAACCCCAUCCGGCUGUCGGUGGUGAAGGUGAUCACGGUGGGUGAGAAGGAGAAGGGGCUGGAGGUGACCAAGAACGCGGCGGCGACGCUCAAGAGCUUCUGCAAGUGGCAGAACCAGCAGAACCCGCUGGACGACGACCACCAGCACCACCACGACGCCGCCAUCCUCUUCACCAGGCAGGACCUCUGCGGCCACCACUCCUGCGACACCCUGGGGAUGGCGGAUGUGGGCACCAUCUGCACUCCGGAGAGAAGCUGCGCCGUCAUCGAGGACGACGGGCUUCACGCUGCAUUCACUGUCGCACACGAAAUAGGUCACCUGCUCGGCCUGUCCCACGACGACUCCAAGUUCUGCGAGGAGCGCUUCGGGGUGAACAGCGACAAGCGGCUCAUGUCCUCCAUCCUGACCUCCAUCGACGCCUCCAAGCCCUGGAGCCGCUGCACCUCGGCGACCAUCACCGACUUCUUCGAUGACGGCAACGCCGAGUGUCUCCUCGAUUCUCCUCGCCAGCCCCUCCUUGGCCCCGAGGAGCUCCCGGGGCAGAGCUACGACGCCGUCCGCCAGUGCCGCCUGGCCUUCGGCCCCGAGUACACGGUCUGCCCGGGCAUGGACGUGUGCUCCCGGCUGUGGUGCGCAGUGAUCCGCCAGGGGCAGAUGGUGUGUCUGACCAAGAAGCUGCCGGCCGUGGAGGGGACGCCCUGCGGGAAGGGACGCAUCUGCCUGCAGGGGAAGUGUGUGGACAAGACCCGCAAGAGACACUACUCGGUGUCCAACCAUGGCAGCUGGAGUUCCUGGGGUUCUUGGGGUGCGUGCUCCCGAACAUGCGGAGGGGGGGUGCAGUUCGCCCAGCGUCUGUGCAACAACCCGCCGCCGCGGAACAACGGGCGCUUCUGCACCGGGAAGAGGGCCAUCUAUCGGUCCUGCAGCGUCACGACGUGUCCCGCAUCCAAUAAGAGUUUCCGUCAGGAGCAGUGCGAGGUGCGUAACGGCCCCCAGACCGAUCCUAAAGGGGUGAAGACCUUUGUCGAGUGGGUGCCCAAAUACGCGGGAGUCCUCCCCAAAGACGUCUGCAAGCUGACCUGCAGAGCGAAAGGAACGGGAUACUACGUGGUGUUCGCUCAGAGGGUGGUCGAGGGGACGGAGUGUCGUCCGUACAGCAGCUCGGUGUGCGUGAAGGGGAAGUGUGUGCGGACGGGCUGCGACGGCAUCAUCGGCUCCAAGCUGCAGUUCGACAAGUGCGGUAUAUGUGGGGGGGACAGCACUGGGUGUCUGCGUGUGAUGGGCAACUUCACAAAGAAGAGUAAGGGCUACACCGAUGUGGUGAAGAUCCCCGCGGGCUCCACCCACGUAAAGGUUCGUCAACACAAGGCCAAGGACCAGACCCGCUACACCGCCUACCUGGCGCUCCGGCGGCCCAACGGCGAGUACCUCCUGAACGGCAAGUUCAUGAUCUCCACCUCCGAGACGAUCAUCCCGCUCAUCGGCUCGGUGCUCAACUACAGCGGGUGGAGCCAAAGGGACGAAUGGCUUCACAGCAUGGGCCCCGGGGCUCUCCAAGAAGCCUUGGUGGUGCAGAUUCUAGCCACGGACGCCAAAAAGCCCCUGGAUGUUCGUUACAGCUUCUUCAUGCCGCGCCGGACAGCCCCGCAGCCGCCGUCCGCUCCGCUCAUCCCCGUCCCGAAGGCAACCACCUCGCCGAGCACUACGACAGUCUCCACCACGACAAGAACCACCACCAGCACCACAUCCUCUGUCCUGGACCCGGGGCCGACGACAGCUCCAGGUCCCUCAACCCCAGCCCCAGGGCCCCGGUGGGUAACAGGUCCCUGGAUGACCUGCUCCAGGACGUGUGACACUGGCUGGCAGAGUCGGACAGUGCAGUGCAAGGACCAGGAUGGGAAAUUGUCCAAAGGAUGCAUUCUGGGCGCUCGCCCCUCUGCCUUCAAACACUGUCUGGCGAAGAAAUGUUGAGGAGGCCUGAGAGGGGGAAAACAGAUUUACGUAAGACGAGAAAGAGACAUUUUAGAGGCUCGGGCUCAGUGGGAUGUAGGACCAAUGAAUGGACCAAUGAAUUUAAGACAUGGAACCUUAAACUGGACUGUGAAUGUUGGCGCUUGGACCCGUCCAACAGACACUCAAAGACACGUUGGCAUGGAUGUACCCGACUAUAUGCCAGAGGAAUGUCCUGGAGUCCUAGUGGCUACCGGUGGGAACCACAGGACAGUUUCCGUAUACCACAGAGACAGGUGUUGCCCUGGCAUAGCUAAGAACUUGAGUUGCAUGUCAUUUCCACACGGACAACAACUGAUUGUCUUUACCUCCGAACCCCUGGAGGCUCAGUGUGUGUUGCCCUGUAACAGCAUGCAUGUUGUGUGUCUUUUUUUAAUGCUAUUCCAUGUGUUCUAAUCACUGUGGGUAUGUGAGAGUCGAACCCCUUUGUCGUAUGUCGUGGGUGCGUCUGAGACCAGAGCCCUGCAGGUUGUAGACCCUGCCCUGUUCCACGACUGCUAUACUACAUAUUAGGGGCGUUUUGGGUCAUUUAAGUGACUGAGAAGCAUGAAAAGGUUUGUUUACGGGAAGAAUGUUGAAAAUGUGGAAUCACCGGGUGGGAAACAAUCUGUGGCAACUUACGCUAAUGAACAAAAACACCAAUAAAAGUCUACCUAUGGCCAAGGAGUAUAUGGAGCCUGAUGACAACAGGGAUCUCCUUUGCUUCCCUACCAAUGUUCUUCCUGUAAAUAUUUCUAAGAGCUACUCUGUGACUGAAGGUGCUGGAUCAGGGUAACAGUACAGUUUGGUUAACGGAUGUUGCAUUGCAUCCUGGGAGUUUAUCGGUCGUACCAAGAAACUGCAGCUUGGUGUGAUGGGAUAGAAAAAGGGGGGGGGGGACCAACUCAACGACGGUGAAAUCAACGGAGGGGCAACGUAACCAUGACACUCCCUAACAUUUAAGGAGGCUGAUGAUGAAUCAGAUUUGGGGCAAUGCUUGAUUUGUGUGUGUGUGCGAAUGUGUGUGUGUGUGUGUGUGAGCUUCUUCACUCUCAGUUCCACUUGUAUUGGUUAUUAUGCUGGUGCUGGGAGGUUUAUUGCCCCCAUGUGUUUUUGUUUGUUGUUGUUUUUUUGUGGCGGUCAAUAUGUGUUAGUUUGUCUGUUUAUCUGUUUAGGAAACUAUGCUAAUUUGACAACGUGUGCCCUGGAAACUCGCAACGACAGCAAGAGAGACACGAAGGCGGGCGUCACUGUCCUUCUGCGACUCAACUCAUUCUCCGUUUCCUUUUAAUCGUUCAUUCCUCGAUUUUACUCAAACAUCCUGUAUUUGCUAAUCAUCCCUUUAACUCGUCUUCAACCCUGGUGGGUGGAGUUUGCCAUAAUACCACAAUUCAUAUUGUGCCACUCGGGGCAGUAAUAUGACCAUGGAUGAACUUAACUAACACUAAUGUACUGUUUAAGACAAUAUAUAGAAGAUCAUUGAAAUUUGCAUUAGAGUAAAAAGUACUUCAAAUGAAUACUUGGUCAAUGUCCUCAGUUCUCAGCUUUACAAGUUAAUGUUGCUUGUGUACCUAGUGGACUUAAAAGAAACCGGUAGUUCUGAUUGUGUUCAAUCUUCUGGCACCAGUCGUGUUUCCCAGUUUGGCAAACCUCCCCCAUCAGCCUCCUGUGCAGCAGAAACCAACAAACCACUCGUACAAUCCGCUCUCCUCCUGCCUCACACAUUCACAGUUAUUUACACAAUGUAGACUUUUUUUUACGUGACUAGAUCUUUCAUAUAUGUGUUAGUUAUCUACCAUAUUUACACCGAGUUUCACACGUACAGACACACACAUUGAAACAAUCCAUCAGGUACAACCAUUGUGAGUUUUUCAAACCCACACACACACAUUCACACAACCUACUUUGACUCUUCCAGGGGGGAAACCCCUCUCGCUGAACGACAGAAACACAGCACUGAACUUGUAAUUUAUUGUUUGUACAACUGGUAUGUGUGAAUAAAAACAGAACAAUGAGAUGAGUUUUAUUUAUUAUACUAAUUUUGUAUCAAAUUACUAUUUAACUUAGGAAUUUGACUGUGCAGAAUCAUUCCUUUGUAAGAAUAUAGUGUUUCUUUUUUCUAGCCAUCCACAUGAAUAUAUGUACAUAAAAUCUAUAUAUUUAAAUA